UCUAAAGCACUUCAAAAUACAACUCAAAUCACACUGCUUCUCUGCGUGGAGUGGUCAUUUACCAGAGAUAAUUGAGACAUUUCUUCUCAUUGGGGUAGUCUUUUUUUUGUUGUUGAGAGUUUGUGUAGAUUAAAAGUAUAGCAACCCCCUCCCCCAAGCAAAAAAAUCAAGCUCUUCCCAAGUCUUGCCACUGAACAAACACAUAGGUUUCCAUUAUUCUGAAGACUAAUAAAAUUACCAACAAUAAAGACUUUGUUUCAUGUCCAGAUUUAAUGGACAUUAUAUGAUGUAAAUACCGAGAAUAGGCAAGUCUAUAGAGUCAGAAAGUAAAUCAGGAGUUGUCUGGGAAUGGAGGAAAGCUUUACAUUGGGUUGUAUUAAUUUUCUGUUCCUGCUGUAACAAAUUACCAGUGAACAGUGACUUGAAACAACCCACAUUUAUUCUAUUUAUUUAUUAAUUUAUCUUAUAGUUCUAGAAGUCAGAAGUCCAAAAUGGCUUUCACUGGGCUAAAUUCAAAGUGUUGGCUAAGGAAAGACUUUAUUUUCUUGCCUUUUCCAGUUUCUAGAGGCCACUUUUCUUGAUUCGUGGCUCUUUCCCUCCAGCUUCAAAGCCAGUGAUGUUGGGACAAGUUUCUCUCAAACUGUCACCUCUGUGGUUCUCUCUUCCAAUGACCUCUUCCACUUUUAAGGAGUCUUAUGAUUACAUUGGGCCCAUCUAGAUAAUCCAAGAUAAUCUUAUUUUCAAAUCAACCGAUAAGCAACUUAAUUCCAUCUGCAGACUUAAUGUUUCUUUAUUAUGUAAGCCAACAUACAAGUUCCAGACAUCUUUGAGAGGAACAUUAUUCUGCCUAUCACAGGGAAGAUGGAAAGUGAGUGCUAGUGCUGAUAGUUACGAGGUUUCUUUUUGGGGAUGAAAAUGUUCUAAAAUUGUGGUGAUGGUUGUGCAAUUCUUUGAAUGUACCAAAAACUACUAAGUUCUGUACUAUAGAUGGAUGGAUUGUAUGGGAUAUGAAUUACAUUUUAAUAAAGCAAGUGUGUGUGUGUGUAUUCAGUAUUUCUAAAACCAAAUUCUGUAAUCUUCCUGCCUGAAACCAACUUCUUUUCCUGAGUUCCUGAAGUAAUUGAAUCUUGGUUAAUGACCCCUUCAUCUAUCAGGUCACCCAAACUUUAUGGCUAGAAUAGAUUGCUCCCUCUCCUCAUAUCUGUUAUUCAAACUUUUUUAAAAUCUCCACCGUUUUCACUUCCUAAAUAGUUCUAAAGUAAUAUCCCUUCGCAAUCCUGGUCUUUCUUACUGUGACUGGAUCUUUACCCCUAAGGAGGACUUUUUUUUUUUUUUUUUUUCCUAACGACCUCUUUGGCAUUGUGAUGACAUCUGUGGACCACUCUGAAACUAUUUAUAUUAAAAUACAGUUAAAUGGUUUAAAAAAAUAAAUCUGUGAUACAUUAAUAUACGUGUGUCUUUAUCACUGUGGUGAAAUGAAAUGACAUGAUCUAAAGGUGAGCCCUCAUAACAACGAUGAUAACUUCAAAUUAGGGAUGAGAAUAGCUUGUAUUUUGAGAUACCUGCAUCAACUCUGAUGUGGUAUGAAAAUAUCUGUGAUUUCAAUUGGUGACAAAGUCACAGGUACUACUGAUAGUACUGCGGUUUGUUGCCAACACAUAAUUGAAGGAAAUGCUAAAUUUCGGUUAGAGAUCAGCGAAAACAGUCAACUUUCCCUGCCAUUCAAGGUCUGCGAGGACCGCAGGUUAAGAAGCCUCGCCCGCCCCCCUGGGGCUCAAAGCCAGGGGACCACCGAGCGGCGCGCUCUGGCGUCCUAGAGAGGAAGCACGUGCGGCUUGGGCUACGCGGCCUGCGCGGUGACGCGCUUCCGGUCACGCCGCACAUUGCGCAUUUCUGAGCCCCUGCCCUUCACUGAGAGGGAGCCCAGGUGAUGGCAGCCAUGUCCCUGAACGCCUGGCACCAGUAGGACUGGAUGUUGGGGAGAAAGCUGAUGGUGAGGGGCUAAGCAGCCAGAAGCCCUGCAGACAUUGGCUGGAGAGAGUGUCCGGGGAAUCAGAAGUACAGUCUCCUGUUCUCCAAGGAUCUCUGCUGAACUGAAGAGCCCCCAGGAGUUGGUGACCUUUAAGGAUGUGGCUGUCUACUUUACCGGGACAGAAUGGGCUGGUCUUUCUCCUGCACAGAAGGCCCUGUACAGAAGUGUUAUGCUGGAGAAUUAUGGGAACUUGACAUCCCUUGGAUACCCAGUUCCCAAACCUGCCCUGAUCUCACUUCUGGAGGGAGGGAAUUUGCCUUGGGGCUUGGAGGCACAGGCUAACCCAUCUGCAGAGAGGACCAAAGACAUCUGUAAAGAUACUGAGACCAACGUUGGCAAUGAGUCCACAUCAACACAGGGAAUUUCUGGAGAAAGAGAUGUGAUAUUGUCACAUGGUUUGCAGAAGAGUGUUGUUCAGGGAGCCAACUUUCUAGAAACCUGUGAACUGGAAAAGCACCAGGAAAUCCCCACAGUGAAAAAUAUUAAAGGAAAGGUUCCAAGAAUCCACUGUGCAAGAAAACCCUUCAGAUGUGAGGAGUGUGGGAAAUGCUUCAGUUAUUUUUCUUACUAUGUUAGACACCAGAGAAUCCACACCGGGGAGAAACCCUUUGAGUGUAAUGAGUGUGGAAAAGCCUUUAAUGGCAAUUCUUCAUUAAUUCGGCACCAGAGAAUCCACACUGGAGAGAAGCCCUAUCAAUGUGAAGAGUGUGGGAGAGCCUUUAAUGAUAAUGCAAAUCUGAUCAGGCAUCAGAGAAUCCACAGUGGGGACAGGCCCUAUCUCUGUGGAGAGUGUGGAAAUAGUUUUACCAGUAGUUCCGAGUUUGUCAUACAUCAGAGAAUCCACACUGGGGAGAAACCUUAUGAGUGUAAUGAGUGUGGAAAAGCUUUUGUUGGUAAUUCACCACUACUUCGACAUCAGAAAAUCCACACUGGAGAGAAACCCUAUGAAUGUAAUGAGUGUGGCAAAAGCUUUGGAAGGACUUCUCAUCUUAGCCAACAUCAGCGUAUUCACACAGGGGAAAAGCCUUAUUCUUGUAAAAUAUGUGGGCAGGCCUUCAAUUUUCAUACAAAACUAACUCGGCACCAGAGAGUCCACAGUGAGGAGAAACCCUUUGACUGUGUAGAUUGUGGAAAAGCCUUUAGUGCUCAGGAACAAUUAAAAAGGCAUCUAAGGAUCCAUAUUCAGGAAUCUUCCUGUUUAUGUGAUGCCUGUGGUAAAGUCUUCGCUAGCAAAAGAAAUUUUCUUCAGCAUCAAAGAAACCAUACUGCAGAGAAACCCUAUGAGUGUGUCAAGUAUGAAAAAACCUUUAGGACUUCUUCCAAGCUAGGUCAUCAUGAGCAUGUCCACCCCGGAGAGAAACCUGUCGUCCUGGACAUUUGUCAUUUUGGCCUCCCAGAAUUUUUCACCCCCUUUUACUGGUAAUAGUACACUAAAUUUCCCUUUGGAUUUCAUCUUCCACUCAGGAGCAGGAUGUGUGACACAGGCCUGGCUCAGCUGCAUGUUCCUUCCCCUAAGCCAUAGCUGUUGGUUCAGAUGUCAGUAGUUUACCCAACAUGGUCCAAUUACAGUCCCAGGACUCGGCAAGAGUUAAUAGGAAGAAAUAACUCUACUUUUUCCCCUUAGUCUUAAAGCUGAGAGGAACUCUUAGAUUCUUGUGGAGGCUGAGGAGAAAGCACAGCAAAAAAGAAAUCAGAGUUGAAGAGCAAUCACCCUCAAAGCUUCUGUUUGAACAACUACAUUAAACCAUAUCUGAAGCCAGAAGUACAGCUGGGUUUUUGAGUUCCACUCCAGCCCUUCUCUGAGAGGGGGAGCAGGUGAUGGCAGCCAUGCUCCUGACAGCCUGGCCCCAGAAGUCGGUGACCUUCGAGGACGUGGCUGUGUACUUCACCCAGACGGAAUGGGAUGGCCUGUCCCCUGCACAGAGGGCCCUGUACAGGGAUGUGAUGCUGGAGAAUUAUGGGAAUGUGGCCUCCUUGGGAUUUUCUCUUCUCAAACCUGCUGUGAUCUCACAACUAGAGGGAGCAGGUGAGCUGGGGGGCCCAUCUCCACUGGUGGAUGGAACAGAAACAGGCCCCCAGGGCCUCUGGACUGUAGAUAUUGAUGUCCAGACUGACAAUAAUUUGAUAAAGGAAAUGUAUGAAGAAAAACAUAAUACAUCAUUUGAACUUCAGAGGGACUUUUCCCAGGACACAGACUUUUCAGAAGCCUGUAUUCUAGAGAAACAGCAGAAAGUCCAUUUAGUAGGAAGCAUAAAGAAAGAAAACUGCAGCGUCAUUGACGGAAUAGUGAUAGACGGCAGCAACCCUGGGGGGGAGUAUUUCUUUAGUCAGAGUCCAAACUUGGAUCAGUGUCACACCGUCAGCACUGGAGAGCAGCCCCCUGAACGUAUAGGAUUGGAGAGAGCCUUCAGCUUUGACACAAAACUUAUUCAGGAUGAAAUAAUUAAUUCGGGGGAAAGAUCUUUUAAAUGUGAAGAAUUAGUGGAAACCUUCAGGUGUAACCCUCAGCAUCAAGAUGGCUACACUGGGGAGAAGCCCUAUCAGUGUAAGCAGUGUGGCAAAGCCUUUAGCAUUAAUGCAAAAUUAAUUUGGCAUCAGAGACUUCACAGUGGGGAGAAACCCUUCAAAUGUGUGGAGUGCGGGAAAAGCUUCAGUUCCAGUUCCCAUUAUAUCACCCAUCAGAGCAUCCACAGCGGGGAGAAGCCCUAUCAGUGUAAGGUGUGUGGCAAAGCCUUCAGCGUCAACGGGAGUCUAAGUCGGCAUCAGAGAAUCCAUACGGGAGAGAAGCCCUAUCAGUGCAAGGAGUGUGGAAGUGGCUUCAGCUGCAGUUCUGCAUAUAUCACACACCAGAGAGUCCACACUGGAGAGAAGCCUUACGAGUGCAGUGACUGUGGGAAAGCUUUCAGUGUUAAUGCAAAAUUGAUUCAACAUCAGAGAAUCCACACUGGAGAGAAACCUUAUGAGUGUAAUGAGUGUGGGAAAGGCUUCAGGUGCAGCUCCCAGCUGCGGCAGCAUCAGAGCAUUCACACCGGGGAGAAGCCCUAUCAGUGUAAGGAGUGCGGGAAAGCCUUCAGUAAUAAUGCAAAACUCAUCCAGCAUCAAAGGAUCCACACAGGUGAGAAACCCUAUGAGUGUACCGAAUGUGGAAAAGCCUUUAGUGUCAAAGGGAAGUUAAUCCAGCACCAGAGAAUCCACACGGGGGAGAAACCCUAUGGGUGUAACGAAUGUGGGAAAGCCUUCAGGUGUAACUCCCAGCUGCGGCAGCAUCUGAGAAUCCACACCGGGGAGAAGCCCUAUGAAUGUAAUGAGUGUGGAAAGGCCUUCAACGUUAAUGCAAAACUAAUGCAGCAUCAGAGGAUUCACACUGGAGAGAAACCCUUUGAAUGUAAUGAGUGUGGGAAAUGCUUUACUUCUAAAAGAAACCUACUUGAUCAUCACCGAAUCCAUACUGGAGAAAAGCCUUAUCAGUGUAAGGAAUGUGGGAAAGCCUUCAGUAUCAAUGCCAAACUAACUAGGCAUCAGAGAAUCCACACUGGGGAGAAACCUUUCAAAUGUAUGGAAUGUGAAAAAGCAUUUAGCUGUAGUUCUGACUAUAUUGUACAUCAGAGGAUCCAUACUGGAGAGAAACCCUUUCAAUGUAAGGAGUGUGGAAAAGCCUUCCAUGUUAAUGCCCAUUUAAUUCGGCAUCAGAGAAGCCACACUGGGGAGAAACCCUUUAGAUGUGUGGAGUGUGGCAAAGGGUUCAGCUAUAGUUCUGACUGUAUUAUACAUCAGACUGUCCAUACUUGGAAGAAACCCUAUGUGUGUAAUGUGUGUGGGAAAGCCUUCAGGUUUAGCUUCCAACUUAGUCAGCAUCAAAGUGUCCAUAGUGAAGGAAAAUCGUAAUGAGAAGGAUGUAGAAAACUCUCAAAGUUAAUGAAAUGGAUCAGGUAUCAUCAUAUUCGCCGUGGUAGAAAACCUUGAGGGAAAUCAAUACGGCAUCUUCCCAUGGAAACACAUCUUUUCCAUCUUACUUUUAAAAUCAGGAAUGAUGACUGGUUAAAAAGUAACAACCAAAAAUAAAUAGCUUGUCUUAUACCAACAACCAAUUAGAAAAUAUGAUGAAAGAAAAGAUCCCAUUCCCAACAGCAUCAAGAAAAGUGGCUCUCCUAGGAAUAAACUUAAGUAUUACACAGGAUCUAUUUGGAGAAAGAAAUCUCCAUUGAGGGCCAAAAAAGGUAAAAUAAAUGGGGAGAGAGAGAAACCUUGUUCUUGGAUAGGAAGAUUCAUGUAGAUAUUCACUCUGCCUAAAUUUACUUCCCUUUCAUUUUUGACACCAAGCAUGCAUCACUUUUGUAAAGAGGAUAAACAAUAAAGAUUUCCGUAGAAAGAAAA